AAUUGUGGAACUUCUCAACAGAAGCUUAUCGCGUUCGAGGGAUACAACGCAAUCAAAUCUGGAAAAAAAGUUCCGUUUUAUGAUGCCAGCCUUUGUCUGCUCGAUAACGAGCGCCGGAUUAUGAUCCAAUUACUAAAAAGUCUACUUUACGCACCUGCCAACAUCAGUAAGUGACUACCCGUGGUAGCAACAGGAACGAAGUCAUGGCGCUAAAGCUGGCUUUACUGGCCACCCUGCUGGUCUCGGCCACGGUGGCCUUCCCCGAGCUGAGGAACCCCGUCAAGAUGACCCCGAUCGCGAAGAAAAUGCUGGAAGCCUAUCCCAUCCCCGAGGUGCCCAAGGACUAUGAUCGCAGCCAGUCGCGAUCGAUUGGAACGAUGUUCCGGACGAGAGUCGACCACUUCAACCCGCAGAACCGGGACACGUUCGAGUUCCAGUACUACUCGAACGAUGAGUACUACCAGCCGGGGGGACCGAUCUUCAUCUUUGUCGGAGGUAACUGGCCCGUUGAGCAGUACUACAUUGAGCAUGGACACUUUCACGAUAUUGCGUACUACGAGAAUGCGUGGCUGUUUGCCAAUGAGCAUCGUUACUACGGAAGCAGUGUUCCGGUGGAGGAUCUCUCAACGCCUAACUUGCGCUUUUUGACCGUCGAGCAGGCCCUGGUUGAUCUUGCGGAGCUGAUCUACCACAUCCGUCACAACGUGGUUCGUGACGACAACGCUCGAGUGAUUCUGCUGGGCGUUGGCUAUGCAGGUGCCAUUGCAACCUGGAUGCGUCAACGGUAUCCCCAUCUGGUUGACGGAUCGUGGGUGUCCAGUGGACAGGUCGAUGCUCGUUUUGACUUUGGGCAACACGCCGUUGAGGUGGGUGGUUUGAUCCGCGAUCAUGGUAACGACGAGUGCUACAGCCAAAUCUGGCGUGCCUUCCGCACUGCGGAAGCUCUGUUGGAUGCGGGACGCACCGAAACCGUCAGUGAGCUGUUCAAUACCUGUUCACCGAUCGAUGAGGAAAACAUGCUGGAUGUGGAGACGUUCUUCUUCAGUAUCAAGGAAGCGAUCCAGACGGAAGUCCUCAGCGAACAGAACGUAGUCUAUACCGAUAUGCUAUGUCAAACUCUGAACAACAGCACGGAGUCUACCGACCUGCAAACGUUGGCAAACUGGGUGCAAGAUCAUUACUACUUCCUGGACUGUAUGCCAUUUGACUUCGAAUCCUCCACUGAGAUUCACAGCAUCGUCGAUGUCGAGGCCAUUGAAAACAGGAUUCUGGGACUGCGCCAGCGUUACUAUCAGUUUUGCACCGAGUUUGGAUGGUUCCUGACAGCCGACUCGGCCGAUCAACCCUUUGGCUACCGUAUCACCAUGUAUCUCUUCUCGAACUUCUGCAAGGCCGUUUACGGCGAGUGGUUGACUGCCGAAGUGAACCGGGAUACGUUUGAGCUCGCGUACUAUUCAAAUGACCAGUUUUACCGUCCCGGAGGACCGAUCUUCAUCUUUGUCGGCGGAAACUGGGCCGUGAAUCCGUACUUUAUCGAGCGAGGACACUUCCCAGAUAUCGCGUACAUGGAGGGCGCAUGGAUGUUCACCAACGAGCAUCGCUACUACGGAAACAGUGCUCCUGUGGAGGAUCUGUCAACGCCCAACCUGCGCUUCCUGACCGUCGAACAGGCUAUGGUUGAUCUUGCUGAGCUGAUCUACCACCUCCGUCACAACGUGGUUCGCGACGACAAUGCCCGGGUUAUUCUGCUGGGCAUGGGUUACGGAGGUGCAAUUGCGACCUGGAUGCGACAGCGGUAUCCUCAUUUGGUCGAUGGAUCGUGGGUAUCAAGUGGACAGGUUGAAGCUCGUUUCAACUUCAAGGAACAUGCCGUUGAAGUUGGCGAAUUGAUUCGCGAUCAUGGAGAUGACGAAUGUUACAGCCGCAUCUGGCGUGCCUUCCGUACUGCUGAAGCACUGAUGGAUGCCGGUCGUACCGAAAUCGUCUCUGACAUGUUCAGAACCUGCGACGCGAUCGAUGAAGAGAACAUGCUUGAUGUGGAAACCUUCUUCUACAAUCUUAAAGAAUUGAUUCAGCUGGAAGUUUUGGCCUACAAGAACGUUGAAAGCACUGCUAUGCUCUGCGAAACCCUCAACAGUAGCGAUGAAACAACCGACUUGCAAGUAUUGGCCACCUGGUUGAACGAAUACUUCUACUUCUUGGAAUGUAUGCCUUUCGACUUUGAGUCAACCGUUGAGGCUCACAGCAAUAUCGAUAUCAACUCCCUUGAGAACAGCGUCCUGGGACUACGUCAGCGAGUCUACCAGUUCUGCACUGAGUUUGGAUGGUUCCUGACCGCAGACUCGGACGAUCAACCGUUUGGCUACCGCGUGACCAUGUACUUCUUCCUGAACUUCUGCAAGGCCACCUACGGAGACUGGGUUACCGCUGAGGUAGUGGCUGAUGGAGUCCACCUGACCAACAUGCACUUUGGAGGGCAAGAUCCGCGUAUCGCAAAUGUGCUGUUCACCAACGGAGGUCUUGACCCGGUUCGGGACAUCUCGAUCACCGAGUACCAUGCUCCUCGGGCCAAUGCCAUUGUCAUUCCGGACUACUUCGGCGGUGCCGAUAUGACCUCGAUCAGUGGAUUUAAUUCGCCGGAAUUGUUGGAAGCUAAGCACCAGAUUCAUGAAUAUAUCAUUAGCUGGCUUUACGAGCCGGUUCUUCCGAUCGAGGAAAACUGAGUUACCAAAACUCAAAAGAUUUACGUUAAUGUAGUCAUUGUUUUGUUUCAGCAAAAUUUAAGAAAAAAUAAAAGUCAAACCAUUUAAGUCAA